AUGCUGCCGCCAAUGAUCCAACCCGCCAAACUCCCCUUCUUCUUCCACAUCGCCAUCGAAACCGCCGCCGCGUGCUCCUUCAUCCACAGGCCAGGCAGUCAGCUGACUAACCCAUCGAUCGCUGCACAGCUGGUGCUGCAGCAAUUCGGUGGGCUGCUGCUGACGACGAACCUCAUCUGCCUCAUCUUUGUGUUGCGGCCGUUUGACGAGACGAGCAGGCAGGUCGCGGCGGCGCUGGCGUUUUGGCAUGUCUGGCCGUGUUGGCGCGCCUAUGUGCGGUUGACGAGGCCCGAGGUGGAUGACCUGGGGAAGGAGAAGGGAGGAGAGGUGAAAGCUGCUACGCAAAAGACUCUCGGAGGGCCGGCUGUUCAUCUCGCGGUACAUAUUGGCAUGUUUUUGUUAUUUGCUAGGACUGUUUUCAUGUAA